UCCCUAACGCCACUUCCGUUAGCUGGCGUCUUCGCAGGGCCGCGUGGCUUCCUGGGUCUCUUUCUGACCAGGCGGGUAAAGAUGGCGGACGCACAGACCGAGAGGGCGUACCAGAAGCAACCCACCAUCUUCCAGAACAAAAAACGUGUUCUGGCAGGUGAGGGAGGAGGCAAGGAGAAGCUUCCCCGCUACCAUAAGAGUGUUGGCCUGGGCUUCAAGACUCCUAGGGAGGCUAUUGAGGGUACCUACAUUGACAAGAAGUGUCCUUUCACCGGAAAUGUAUCCAUCCGUGGCCGCAUCCUGUCAGGUGUGGUAACAAAGAUGAAAAUGCAGAGGACCAUUGUGAUCAGGCGGGACUACCUGCACUACAUUCGCAAGUACAACCGCUUUGAGAAAAGGCACAAGAACAUGUCUGUCCACCUGUCCCCUGCUUUCAGAGACAUCCAGGUUGGGGACAUUGUGACUGUGGGAGAGUGCAGACCUCUUAGCAAGACGGUAAGGUUCAACGUCCUCAAAGUCACCAAGGCUGCUGGCGCCAAGAAGCAGUUCCAGAAGUUCUAGAGGAGAUUGGAUGUGCAGCCUGCAGGUGUACGGAAACCAAGAUGGCCUGUACUGUGCAUCUGUUUCGAUAACACAAUAAAGACCAUGUUCUGUACACGUGUCAUGUGAC